AUGGGGUUGGUUAUGGAGAAACAGGUGCCGCCGGAGCCGGCAGUCCGGAGGAAUAUGGGCAAAUCGGAAAGUCAAAUGGACAUCAUGGAGAAAUCAGGUAAACCUGGGAAGCGUCGCUGGACUGUCGCAGAAAUCAGUCUGUCCAUUCUGCUGCUGUUGGUCAGCUGUGCCUUGGCUGGGCUGGUCGUCCUCUACACAUCAGCUGUGAAAGAGCAAUCUAACAGGCCCAGCGUGUCAAAGAGCUCAACACGAGAAGGCCAGCUGUUUCGCUCUGAUCACAACAAUGUGUGCACAACUGCGGACUGUGUUAGUGCAGCUGCUUGGCUCUUGCAGAAUAUGGAUAAGUCUGUGAAGCCUUGUGAUAAUUUCUACCAGUACGCCUGCGGGGGAUGGCUGGAGCGCCAUGUCAUCCCAGAGACCAGCUCCCAUCACAGUGUCAUUGACAUUCUGAGGGACAAGCUGGAGAUUGUCCUCAAAGGUGUUCUGGAGACGGAGAGCGAGCAGGACAGGGACGCUGUCAAAAAAGCCAAAGUCCUUUACAGCUCCUGCAUGAAUGAGAGCCUGAUAGAGCAGCGUGACUCCCAGCCCCUCCUCAGGCUCAUUGAGAGUAUUGGAGACUGGCCAGUGGCGUCUGAUGACUGGAACACCACCACAGGGGAAACGUGGAGCCUCGAGGACACACUGGCCACGCUUACUGCUCGCUACCACAAGAAGGUUCUGCUGGACAUGAAUGUGUGGACAGAUGACCAGGACUCUCGGCGUCACAUCAUUUGUUUCUACUUCAACCUUCAAAUAUCAGCUGAAAGAGUCAUGAAGCGCGACGUCCAGCGCAGGAAUCAAACCCACGGAUUCAUCGGCAAAAUUUAG